AUGGAUGCCGUGGAGGAGGUCCUGGAAAAUCUCAAGCAGCAGAGUUUCUAUUGGCGCGGCAAGCAGGCCACCAAGGAAGAGCUCGGCCGUCUACGCGACGGAAACCGCCAGGCGUCCAAAAGUCUGUCGCUGCAGGGUGGCCCAGUGGAGUCCAGACCUGAGGAGGAGCGAGCCGCAGUGGAACGAGCCCUACAGGUCAGUGGCUUCAAAGACAAAGUCAAGGCCUAUGCCUUCCAUCGGCUCCGUGAGCCGGCUUCGGUUUGGGGAGCCAAAAAAUCUGGAGAAAUCCCACGGCGACCCUGGAAAGCCACGGAUGAUUUGGGGAUGUGUUGGUCAGUGGCCAUCGCCGAUCGCCGCAGCGUUCUGGACCCAGUGGAGUUUGGAUGCUCAAACAUCAGGGAAAACUUCUGGGAAGCUCAGCCUUGUACAGAGCGGAGCAGAAUGGCUGAGAAAAAGGAUGAUAAGGUAGAGACCCGUGUGGCAGAGAAGUUGACCGUGGAUCCGCAGUUCAGCAGUGGCAAGUUCUUGGUGAAUGGUAUCGCUGGGGUCUUGAUGUACAUGUGGUGCGACUUGUUGGGCCGCCCGGUGUACCCCGUCGCGGCCUAUGUGGCGCUGUUGAUGUCCCCGCUGCGGCUGGGGUGGUCCUUCUCGGAACGCUGCGAGGUGCGCUCCGUGAUCUCCAUCUACUUCUUCAUUCUGAGUGCUGGCGUGCUACCCAUUUGGUGUCUCAGACGUGGAGGAGCCGUGGGCCGGAGCUUGCUGGCCAUCUACGUCUCGUGGUACAUGCUCUUCGACAGAGCCCACCUUCGAGGUGGUCGCUUUAUGCCCACCUUCCGACGCCGCAACUUCUGGAAGCACUUCGCGGCCUAUUUUCCCAUGUCACUGACACGUACGGCCAAACUGGACCCCAAGCGGAACUACAUCUUCGGAUAUCAUCCCCAUGGAGUCAUCAGCAUGGGAGCUUGCUGCAAUUUCGCCACGGAGGCCACCGGAUUCAGCGAACUCUUCCCGGGGAUUGAUCUGCGACUGCUCACCCUGGAGCAAAACUUCAGGGUCCCGGUCUUCCGCGAGUACCUGCUGGGUUUGGGCGUGAACAGCGUCAGCAAGGCCUCCAUCAACGGCAACCUGACGCGGGGCCCCGGCGCCUCGGUGAUGAUCGUCAUCGGAGGAGCUCGGGAGUCCUUGGAGACGGCUCCAGGUUCCUACAAUUUGAUCUUGGACAAUCGCAAGGGCUUCGUGAAGGUGGCCCUGCAGAAGGGGGCCUCCUUGGUGCCUGUCUUCUCCUUUGGCGAGACGGAUCUCUUUGGGGUUUUCGCCAGCAGCCGCUUCCGGCGAUGGCAGCUUUGGUUGCAGAAACAGAUGGGUUUCGGCAUCCCGUUCUUCUUUGGCCGAGCAUUGACAGGCGGUGUCUUACAUCGAGUCUUUGGCCUCUCACGCGGAGUGAUGCCCUUGCGAAUGCCAGUGCAGUCCAUCGUGGGCACCCCGAUCCAUGUGGACGCCCCGGUGCCGCACCCCACGCAGGAGCAGAUUGAUGAGUUGCACCAGAGGUAUGUCGAUGAGCUCCGCAAGAUCUACGAAGAGUUCAAGGAGCCCUUCCUGACGUCGCGCGCGAAGAUCAUGGACUCCCAAGGGGAGGCUGCCAAGGCGGUUUUACGCCAGGGCAGCUUUCACUUGGAAAAGGUUGAAAGUUUUAAACCCAAAAAAGGGAUGACCCGCAGCGCGGGGACGGGUGAGGCUUGGGAAAGCGGGAAAGCUUUCGUCAUCCCCGCCGUGGAGUGGGCUCGGAGACAAUGGGCCGAGCUCCAACUCCAGCAGCUUCGAAAACUCUCCAAGGAGCAGCGUCAGCCGUUUCUCCGACGUCGGCCCAAAGCGCUUCACGCGUCCAAAGAUCCAAAAUCGGAGGACGAGGUGAGUACUCGACACAUUGUGGACCUCAAGAGUCUCUUCUAUUUGAUUACUCGAGACCUGCCGACCCGGCAAGCUCGCGAUUCAUCACGCGGACGACCGUGCCCGGGUCAGAGCGGCCCCGGCAAAGGGGUCUCGGUGAAGUUGGAAGACCUGCAGCAGCGCUAUGCCGAGUUAUCGCCCAAUUAUGGUCACCUUGGAGUACCAGAGGUCCUUCCUGACCUGGCUGCCUCCAGAGUGGGUCUUCGAGCCGCCAAGGCUUCUCACUUAGAAACCACAAGGCGGUCCCUGGGGCAAGAACUCUUGGUCAGAAGCUAUCCAGCCGAGCUGCAGAUUUUCUGUCGCUUCGGAGUGCCUGCGAGCUUGCGGCGAGAGAUUUGGUUCAAAUGCUUCGACUGCGUUGGAGACACUGGGGCGCAAGCAUUGCAGGAGGCUGCGCGGGGAAUUUGUGAGUGGGAAUGGCUGACAGAUGAUGUGCUGCGACUGGACGUGGCAGAGCAUUGUGCCAACGACGUGUCGUAUUUUCCCUUCGACGAGAUCGUGGAAGCCUUGGUCCUGGCCCUCAGUCGCGACCACCGUGUGUCGGAGCUCUGCGAAAGUGGGCCGCCUCAGAUUCCGAUCGUGACCGAUGUGGCUCCGGAGAGCCUGACGCAGGCUGGUGGAGUUGCCGCGCAUGUGGAAGUUGGAGGUCGGGGCGAUGCGGUACCAACAAGGAACCCGUUGUCCGAGCCGUCGUCCAUUCCACCCUGUGGAGUGGUUCCCUUCAAGGGAUUCUCCAACUACGCUUGUCCAUUUGCCUUUCUGGCAGAUCGCCUUGAAACUGCCUAUCCCAUCUUCCGCGCCUUCUAUUGCCGUCACUUGUGCCGUUUGCACAGCAUCUCGGAUCAUCCUAACACGCUGCUCUCCUUGUGUCGCACUUUCGAAGACUUGGUAAACCUAGCGGCACCGCGUGCUGCGCACCAUGUGUUCACCUUGGAUGCAUCGCCCUUGCGUUAUGCAUUUCAUUGGAUCGUGACCGCUUUCGCGGGAUGUCUUCCCGCGGAGCAGGUCUUGCAACUCUGGGAUCGAAUCCUUGGUUUCGACGCGGUGGAACUGGUCCCGGUCCUGGCGGCGGCGGUCUUCGCCUUCCGCGCCAAGCUGGUGCUGGCGGCGCGACGACCCGAGGAAGUGCAGCUGCUCUUUGCGGACAUUUCCUGUAUCAAGGCCAUUCCGCUGCUGCAGGCUUUCCUCUUUGCCUCUGAGUUGGGUGUCCAAUGGGAGCCCUCUUAA